GUACUGUUAUUUUCACAGACGACUAGACGAGGAAUGCGUCCCGGCGUCGAGGUAGACAAUUGAGUAAUCGCGGGCGGGGUACUUACUAUGGGCAUAGCUCAUAAAUGAAACCGUCAUUCCGAUACCUGCAAUGGAAGACGCAUACGGACACAAUUAGGUUACUGUAUUUUGAUUGGUGUAAGGAUAUUCCACCCUCUAUUCCGCGCCCUUGACUGAAACACUUAUACUUCUUGUUCCUGGGUGUGGUGUCGUCACUAUAGUCUUGAUGUUUGGAAUGGUAGUAACAAAAAUGGCACGGUACUUAAAUGUCAAUUUAUGCAUCUUUUUGAUUAUCUCAUGUGUGGACUCCUGCUUUAUCCCCGGCUCCAUACGAGCAGCAGUACCUCAGACAGUACCAGUUGGGCAUGUUAUUUCAAAAGUUGAUGUCGACAACUGUGACACCAAGACCUUGCACUUUACCUCUUGUGACCCGGACUUCACAGUACAGGCAGAUGGAACUAUAGUAACAGUCCACAUCACUAUGGUACCAGCCAACGGCAGGACAUUCUCAGUGCAGUUUCAGGACCCCAAUGGUCAGAAGAAAAACAUGGAUGUUUACCUUGUCCAGAACUCUAGAAAAGUAUUGAAAGAUGGUCUACUAAAGCGCUCCAAAAGACGUUGGAGCCCUCUGCCCUUCAACAUCAUAGAAAACGACGUCCCUCCAUUUCCAAAGGAAGUUGAUCUGGUUGCAUCUGAUUCUUCUGCCGCAUACAAUGUGUACUACACCCUCAGUGGGCCUGGUGUGACAGAGAACCCUGUGGGUGUGUUUAGUGUGGUAAGGGAAACUGGGAUGCUGAAGGUCCACAAAGCUGUCGACCGUGAGAUUACCCCUCAGUUUAUAUUUCAAGCCAGAGUGUUUGACAGAUACACCAACCAGGAGACAGACUUACCAUUACCCAUCACAGUGAAUGUAGAAGAUGUGAAUGACAAUGCACCAACUUUCACUGGCCAACUGCAGUUUACUGUGCUUGAACACAGCAGCAGAGGUACCAUUGUGGGGAAGGUGAAUGCCACAGACAAAGACGAGCCUGGUACAGACCACACUAAGAUCAGGUACUCCCUCCUCUCUGGGACCAACCUGUUCUUCAUCAACCCAGAGACAGGAGUCAUCAGCACCAAAACAGACACUCUUGACAGAGAGGUGAAAGACAAGCAUUUAGUGACAGUGGAGAUCAGAGACAUGAAUGGCGCCAUGAAUGGUCUAUCCAACACGGCUACAGCCACAAUAGUGUUGGGAGAUAUCAACGACAACCCUCCCACUUUUACAAAGACAUCUUAUAAUGUGAGUGUUAUGGAGAACCAAGAGAAAGGCCUCAUCCUCAGAAUCCCUAUUGAAGACAAGGACUUAAUAAACACACCAAACUGGAACUCUGAGUUCAUCAUCACCAAGGGGAACGAAAAUGGGAACUUCAGGAUUGAAAGAGACCCCAAAACAAAUGAAGGACUAAUUUACCUAACAAAGCCUCUAGACUACGAGAAGACCAAGAACCUAAAGCUGGAGGUGUUGGCCCGUAACCAGGCUGAGCUGAGUGGGACCAAUGCCAAGUGGGUGUCCAUCCCUGUGGAUGUCACAGUGGGGGACGUGGACGAGGGACCAGAGUUCACUGCCCCCACCGUACGAUUUACUGUCCAGGAAAAUACUCCAAACGACACCCUGAUCGGAACAUACACUGCCGUAGACCCAGAGACCAAGAGCAGCGCUGGCAUCAAGUAUUACAAGGUCUCAGACCCGGCUUCAUGGAUCAAUGUCGAUGAAAGCACUGGACAGCUGAAGAUCGCCAACACAAUCGACAGGGAAUCCCACUUUGUAGUGGAUGGUGUUUACAACGUCACUAUGAAAGCUGUGGAUGCCAGUCGGAAGACAGGAACAGGGACGGUGAUUAUUCAAGUGGAAGACAUGAACGACCACGUCCCAGACAUCCUCUCUAAAGACCUGGUGUUGUGUGAGAAGGAUAGGGGAGAGAUGGGCUCUGUGCUGGUGGUAGCAGAAGACAAGGACCAAGCUCCCUUCUCCGCCCCCUUCAGCUUCAAACUGGGAGAGAAGCAUGAUGACAAUUGGGCUGUGAAGCCACUUAACAGCACUGCAGUGAUGUUGGAGCAAACUAAGGAGCUCCCUACCGGCCUAUAUACUGUCCCCCUGAUGGUGGAGGACCUGCAGGGCUUUGGAAGUACCCAGACUGUGACGGUCCGGAUCUGCAGCUGCAGGAACGGAGCGUGUCUGGCCCAACAGAACUCCACAUCUUUGGGGGUGUGGGCCAUCCUGGCCAUGUUGCUCGGUCUGGCUUUGCUACUUCUACUCUGUAUCCUUUGUGCACUCGUGUGUGUGACGAAGAAUGAGAAAAUGGAGCUGGAGGAUGUGGGAGACAGUGGUGGUAUCCUGCUGACGUCUAACAUUGAGGCCUUAGGGGAUGCAGUGGAUUCAAAUCUCAUCAUUGUUCCAAAGUCUGGGAUUGACCGUUCCGUGAAGGGAUCAAUGAUUGACAUGGGGUGGGCUGGAGCAAAGAACUUGGGUAAGAUGGGAGGAGGCCUGGGCACUCAACAGCAGUCCGGCAGCAGCGUCAUUGUGACCGAUAUGCAGAAUGGCUUCUCCGACCAAUACAACGGCAGUCAAUACGGUGCACAAAAUGGCGGUGGACAAUAUGGUGUAGAUCAAUAUGGUGGCGGACAAUAUGCCAGUGGCAAUAUGACUUUUGACAACACACGUUUCAUGAAGUUCAACUGGCAAACCAACGGGCUGUUUCUACAAAAGAAGUUGGCUUACCUAGGGACGGAAGAGGAGGGACGGUACGCCGAUGACAUCAUCCACGCGUACGGCUUCGAGGGGGUGGGGUCUCCAGCUGGCUCGGUGGGCUGCUGCAGUGACCAAGUCAACCAGGAAGACCUGGACUUCCUGAACACACUGGGGCCAAAGUUCAAGGUGUUAGCUGAGGUCUGCAAUAACAAAUGAACCAGGAAGAUCUAUUGCAAUAUUGUUUUUACUACAGAAAGUGUUCUCUCAUGUAUGUUUUUUGUUAAUUAUUAUGAAUUAUCAGAGGGUUGGCAUGCUUUUAUUAUCAAGGGUGAUACAAAACAUUGAGUCAGUCAUCACACUGAAUUGCUCAAACUGUUUGUUGGUUGGAGCCUUUUUGCACUGGAAAGUACUAUGUUUUGUAAAUAGUGUACAUUUAGUGAUUUAAGUGCCAAAGAUAAGAUUUUUUCAAAUUUGUAAAUUGUGGUAAAAGUUUCAGUGUUGUAGAAUCAAAUGUUUUUUUUAUGAGAUGCUGUAAAAACAGUACUUGAAUGUUAGAUUAGAUGAGAUUUUUCUAAUUACCUAUGAACUGAAUGGGGUACAAACAUGACUAAAUAAAUUCAAUAUUUGUCUUUCAAUGUUGGAUGACCUGAAUAAUUACGCCUUGCACUUAUUGUCCUAGCUAUAUUUUGUACCAUUGUACAUUAUGUACAAAUCAACACAUGAUAAUGAAAUAAGUAGAGUGAAUGUGACCAUCUAAAGCAGACUGUAUGUAAUCCAAUCAUUUUUUAAAGACUGUUUGUGUGAGAUUCUAAAUGGCAUUUCUCAUCACUUUUUAGCCAUCAGAGUAAAACUGCCUUGUCGAUUAGGCUACAUUGGGGCUUC